CGCUACACCUCGGCCAUUGAACUUAACGCCUUAGCUGACCUGAUUCGAGAGAAAGACAAAAUCAACCGAGCUGUCCAAGGCACUCAGUACUUUAAGAGUAACUCUGGCCUUUUCAAUGCUACUCCACACACUCUAGCGUCUACUUCCUCACCCUCUGACCCUGAUGUAAUGGACCUGGAUGCUAUAAAGGUUGGAGGAAAGUAUGUCUGGACUUGGAAGGAUGUUGAGGACAAGACCUGGGCCAAGACCCCUGAGUUGAAGGCCGCCCGCAAGAAAUUCCAAAUUGAGCACAAUCUCUGCCACUACUGUGACGAAAAGACACAUAGUCUUCAGGGUUGCGACAAGUUGAAGGAAGCUCGCCGCCGGAAGGAGGAGCGUGAGAAGGGAAAGAGUAAGGAUGAGGGAAAAGCCUAG